UUGGCCUUCAAAGGUGAUUACAUUUAAGUGUGUACCUGCACCUUUAAAUGUUUUAUAUGGACUUUUUCAGUGUGCUUGGUAUUAUAGGAUAUGGGUUUCAUUCAGAAAAGUAAUAAACGGUGGAUGCACAUCACCAUUGCUAGCCCACAGGAAGAGGGCAACCCCAAAAGAAUAUGGCCACCAAGAUUUUGACUUCAAAAACAAUUAAAUAUAAUCUGUGUAUGUGGAGGUGAUAAUGUUUCAAGAAAUAAUGAGGAGGUCUACUUAUAAACAGUUGUUUAUUGGGGUCGUCUUUGUAGGAGCUGCAGUCUUGAUAUACUCUAUGGUACCUUCAAAUAGCAAACCCAAAGGAAGAAUCAGUAAAGUCAAAAUAGAGCCAUAUGUAUCUGAAACAAGGAAACAACUUGGCAUUCCAACAAAUAACAAUCUCGUAAAAGAUGAACAUACUGAAACGGUUGAAAAAACUUUGAAAGCUAUGCAGGAUAAGUUAGCUAAGCUCCAAGGUCUUCAAAAUAAGAUAGAUGACAAUAUUGCUGCUGGAAAACAGAUAAUCAACAACAUUACAAGAGAUGUAGCUCCUGCUGGGGCUGAUCAUAAAACUAAGGCAGUUGGAGCAACAGGUCCAAGUGAUCUGGCAAAUGUUGGGAAAAUUGUAUCACCAAGGGUUGGUGUAUUGAAAAAUAAUUUUGAAAGAAUAGAGCUUGCAGUGGUGGCAUGCGGUCCCAGGUUUGAACAAGCUUCAGUUAUGCUCAAGUCUAAUGUCCUCUUCACGCAGUCUCCUCUAAACAUUCAUAUAUUUACUGAUGAACAUAGGGAUGCCUUUAUCAGCAUGUUCUCAUCAUGGCCAAGGAACAUUCAACAGAAGUUUAAUUACACAAUUUAUAACAUCACAUUCCCCAAUGGAACAUCUGAUGAAUGGAAACAGCUGUUCAGACCAUGUGCUUGUCAAAGACUUUUUAUACCUAACAUCCUAAAAGAUAAAGAGCUGUUGCUGUACAUGGAUACAGACACAGUGACACUGAAGUCCCUAGAUGGCCUGUGGAGAUACUUCAAGACCUUCAACUCAAGUCAUCUGGCUGCUCUAACACUGGAAGAUGAGGUAGAAGAUAUCAGCUGGUACAAAGAAAAUGCUAAGUUCCCAUACUACGGAAAACUUGCUGUGAACACAGGUGUUAUGAUGAUGAACUUGACUAGGAUGAGAGAGUGGGACUGGGUGAGCCAUAUUGUUGGCAUUCAUAAGCAAUGGAAAGACAAGAUCAUGUGGGGAGACCAAGAUUUAAUCAAUAUUCUCUUCCACUUUAAUCCAGAAAAGGUGCUUAUCAUUCCCUGCAAUUGGAACUUUAAGCGUGAUCAUUGUAAGCAUGGCAGCAACUGUAAAAGAGCUGAGGACUAUGGUGCUGCUAUUAUACAUGGCAAUGGCCAUACUUUCAUCAAUGAUGAUCAGCCAUCAUUCAAAGCAGUAUUUAAUACAUUUAAUCAGUACAAGUUUGGCCAAGACUACCUGGAGUAUAUCUUAGCUCCAAUACAGCACCAACUGAACACCCUAUUCUCAACUCACAAGAGUCAAUGUGCAAAGGACCCACAUCUUUUUCACCAAGGACUCAAUAGGGAGCUUAAUAGACUAAAAAUGGAAGAGGCUGCAAAACACUGAUAGUUCCAGUCACAUUCAUCCAGUUAGAAUACUCAUGAUUUUUUUUCACAAUAAGCGUUCAGCACUCAUGUGGUCAGCAUAUACCUAUACUGGUCGAUAUUGAAAUUUAAAAUGCUGACAGCUUCUGGAAAAAUCAACUGUACGUCAUGCUAAAAUUGAAAUUGACAGGAUUGGGAUCUCUGUGCCAUAUGAUUCAACCAGCCAGUGUCAUCAAAGGUCACAUGUUGUUCAUUCAAUUCAAAAUUCAUAUUUUUCCCCAAUCUCACAUAUUAUAGUAUUAUGAACCCUCUCAAUUGAAUACAGUUUUAAAUAUUAAUGUAUAUUCCUGUGCUAAAGCUGUAUACACAAUUUAGUAAUUUUGCAAUAAACAACAUUUGUAAGGUAUUAUUUAAAAUUGCUGUACUGUAGAAUUUAUUGCAAUAUUUGAGUCUGAACAACUGCAUACAUAAUACAUUCAUUCAUUCAAACAAACAUUGAUCUCUACUUUCAUUGAUACUCUCCAUAAAUAUGUUGACAAUGACGUCAUGAUUUUAAAGCACUGCAUUACUACUAAGUCUUUUCAUUUCAAUAGAUAGAUUUCACACAAUGUUUUUAUCUCAUUUACAACUUAUUUCAAUUCCGUAACAUAUUCACCAAACUUAUAUGUACAAGUUCAAUUAAAACAAG